AUGGCCGAUGCUAGGACUGGAAAAGCCAUUUCUUUCUUCUUCGAUUAUGAGCAGCGCGGUCACCGAGCCUCAACAACCUCGCUAGCCUUCAUACAAGACAUGUUAAAUCCUGCUGACUUCGUAUGGCGUGGAAAUGUCGACGCGCGCAGCGGAUCCACAGUUUUCAGGCGACCACUUGGUGUAACGGAGCUAACGUUCUAUUGGGAUGCCGUUUUUAAUGGCGUCUCGACGACGAUUAUCUACAUGGCGCUCGAGGCGACUGGAGAUCUUAGUUCUGAGGUAUUUACCAGAGAGAAUAUUGAGCUUUCGUGGAUACGGUUGAAGCAACGGUUUCCGAUGCUUGCAGCCUCUGUUGACGAGUUACCUGGCUCAGAAUGUGUCGAGUUCGUAAUCAGUGAAGAUUCCUUGUAUACUGUUCGGGACGGAGAAGUGAACAUCAUUGACGAUUUGCAGUCUGCGGAAGACGUUUCGAAUUUAACGAUCGAACUGCAGAAUGGUCCACCCGUUCUAGAUAAUGAUAUCAUCGCGAAGGCCUGGAUUGGGCAGCAGAAGGAGUCGCCUGGAUUAUGCCAUAUUUUCAUUGCGGUGGCACACUGUAUCACUGAUGGUAUGACGGGCGCGACAUUGAUGCGCGAAUUUUGCCGUGAAUUGUCAAGCCUCUCGAAAGAGAGUCGAAUUAUGCAGAAAUCGCUUGCUGACAGGCUUUCUGUUCUCCUUUCGCUGGAGGCUCUGAAUCCGAACAACACUCUGAGUCCAGCACAGAGGCGGUGGCGCUAUGCAGCAGCAAGGGUUAUACAUAAUUUGCGUCAAGCCAAAUUUACAGGGGGACAUACUCUGCCACAGAUACAACCUGUAACUGUUGACAGGCCGGCUCAUUCCCAGACGAUGGUAGUGAGACUUCCUGCUCCAGUGACACAACGACUUAUCAAAACAUGUGGCACACUCGGGAUAACUUUCGGAAAUGCUUUACCUGUCCUAAGCCAACUUUCUCAAACGCGUAUCCUGUAUAGGCAUCGCAGGGGCAAUAGAGCAAACUAUCCUCAUAUGGAAAGUCGUGAUGAAGAUUGGGAAUAUCGUCGCAUUCAACCAAUGUAUUACCCCGGACCAAUUAGCUUACGUCCGUAUUUGGAUCGUUCGUGGUACGAAGGCGGUGGCAAAAGUGAAGUAUGCGUCGCAAUUGGCUUCGCGAAUGUUGUGUUACCUGCUAUGCCAUCUCCAAAGCCACCUUUGCAGGUAGAGUUGUCAAGUUUAGGUUUGGUCUGGCGGGGACCUUUGUCGUUGGCGCGCUGGUUUGAAGGUUCGCGGGACAUGGAUACUUUCAUAUCAGAUGUGCCUGUCGUUAGCUCCGGAGAAUCGCAUGGAGCCUAUGGUGCUACGGACAUAAUAACCGGUCGUGGCCAAAGGUCUAAAUUGAAAUUGGGGAGUUACACACCGACGUCCUCUUCUAUAUGUUCCGGGCGACAAGUUCUUAUACCUGAAACCCGUCACGAACGAGCCACAUCUCUGGCUCGUUGGCUGGAAGGGCCGCGAGAUGUAAACGCAUUCUUAUCAGACGAACUUCCCAUUUCUUCCCGUGAAGCUUACGAACCAUGUCAAACUACCGAUGCUAUCCAUGGUUCUAGUCUGAAUACUGCCUUGGUCGAUGUGGGUCGUGUACCGACAUUCGAUGCUCUACUUUCUAAGAAACGUUUUCUUGCUCGCGCAUGCCUGGUGCGUAAGCAAACUUCGGCGCAACUGCGCCAUCCACUUCUUCAAGAACUGCAUGUAGUCCGUAUGUCCGAAGCCUGUCGUCGAAAUCGGGAUUUAGGCUUGGCAUGGAGAGCGACUCAAACAAACCAGGAUUCGGUAAAGAAUAGUACAAGUAUUCCGGGUACGGAUUGGAAAACGGCUGGAUACGUAGCAUCGAACGAAGGGGCAAGCCUUGGAAAUAGAGAUGCGAUAUUUCCGCUUGAGUACGCAUUUGGCUCUGGAUCCGCUCAUCUAACUUCUAGUUCAGGGCGCUUACACGUACGGGACUCCGUAGUCCAUUUACGUUGUCGUCCUGGCGAGUUGUAUCUCGGUGCACUUACCACUCGCGGAGAGCUAACAUUCUUCGCAUACACGGACACAAAUAUAUAUGAUCCAGCUCUCGUGCGGGAAUGGAUGGAAGAUGUACGAGCGGCUACAGUGCAUUAUCUUGGUGAUGGAGGCAAUAAUGAAGAUUCUCCGAUGAAAGCGAGGUUGUAA